CGUUGGGUUAAUGUCGAUCGAAUUUAUGUGGAAGCUUGCCAAGUGUCUCAAGUCACCCUGAUUUAGACACCGCUACUGAUCUACUAGCUCUCACUUACACCGAUCUGAACAUUGAAUAAGAUCAACAGCGUGACUCGAGCUCGAUAUGUCAUAAUUAUUUUUGGAACUAAUGUGUCAGUUUCUGCCUCCUGGUGUUCUGGAAGCCAGGCAGCACACUUCGAACGCAGUGUACCGCUCUACAAUGAGUUGAUUUCUCCCCAUCAAGGUGUUUCUGGAAUCCAGUCAUCAGGCGCGCGGUUGUGUUAUCUUGAAAGUGAGAUGGGUAGAUGUUGCCAAGUACUGGCACCGUUGACUUUCGAAGCGUGUUUGAUUGAUCCGCAGUCACCUCUGCUCACUUCGUCACAACAUCUGCACCGCCCGGUCCGCCCCGCACAAGCCCAUGCACAAGCAGAGUUAACGACUUACUGUAAAAGUAGCUAGCAUGAGCGCCUCUGCUUGGCGUCGCUCCAACAAUAAACAAAAGCGACUAAAUGAAUUUUCGAUAUUCUGG